CGUUCCCAGCGUGACAUUCUGCAAAAUUCUGCAAUAAUCCUGUAAAAGCACUUCCAACGGAACUUCAUCACCUCACUCAAGAGAUGGCUCCAGCUACGGCACUUUCUGGUAUACAGUAGUGUGUACGAGAUAAAGCUGAGCGCUAGAAUAAUAACUUAACUGUGGACUGAAACAACCGGAGUCACACUGCACAAACCGGGCGAUUUCGCCCUCUCCCUUUCUACGAGGCUCCUUAUCAGGUUGUGGUCCCAACAGCGACUUUGUUUUCACAAUACUGCAUGCCUCAGGAACAUGCCAGUGGGCCAGGGUAACCCUAGUACAACUUCCAGUCGGGAUUUCCUUGACUGGUUGGAUCGUAUCGCAAAGCAAAGACAAUCUACGGGAUCCUCUGUAGCAGAAUUCAAGUUUGCCAAAUGUCGUGUACGCCAACUCAGUGGUCCUAAUUUGUUUCCGGAUGUAGCGGAAACGGGCAAAGGUGGGCCGUUUGAAGGAGGUGUAUUAUACUGGAUGAAUCGUGAUCAGCGUGUACAAGACAACUGGGCCUUCCUCUACGCACAACGCCUUGCGCUGAAGUUUAAAGUUCCACUGCAUGCGUGUUUUUGUAUGGUACCACGCUUCCAAGCAGCCACACUCCGUCACUUUACAUUCCUGGUUGACGGACUGGCUGAAGUUGAGAAAGAGUGUUGCGCGCUUCAAAUUCCAUUUCAUCUGAUCCUGGCUCAUUCUGCAUCGUCGAAAAUUCCUAGUGGUAAUAAGCGUCCAUAUACUGCCGUGGAAGAAUCUGAUAACUUUCUCGAGGGUACCGUGGCUGAGACUGUCGUAGAUCUCGUUCAACGUCUCCGUAUCGGAUGUGUUGUGACUGAUUUUUGUCCCUUACGGGAACCAUCUGCGUGGGUUGAGAGAACGUCGCGUCUUCUACCCAAUACCAUACCGUUUUGUCAGGUGGAUGCACACAACGUGAUCCCCGUGUGGUUUGCUUCGGACAAACUCGAGUACGCUGCACGAACUAUCCGUCGCAAACUGCAUGAAAAAGCGACUGGAUUGCUGUCGGAGUUCCCCGUACUUAUAACCCAUCCUUAUCCAACCAAGUCGAAGUCCUUAGCACAGUCAGUGAAUUGGGGUGAUCUCAAGUCACGCCUUGACGUUGAUCACAGCGUUAAACCCGUAGACUGGGCAAAAGGUGGAACCAGAAAUGGAAUGCAAAUCUUGUUCGACUUCAUCGCCAAAAGAUUGAAGGCUUACGGGACACAAAGAAACGAUCCGACUAAGGACGCCCAAAGUGAUCUUUCACCAUGGUUUCAUUUUGGUCACAUCGCUCCACAGCGCGCUCUGCUCGAGGCUCAGCGUGUUCGUCCUAAAGAUCCGAAAUCAGCGGACGCGUUCAUUGAAGAGGCAUUUAUUCGCCGAGAAUUGUCGGACAACUUCUGUUUCUACAACCCAAACUACGACUCAUUAAAAGGGGCGUAUCAAUGGGCCCAGGAUACCCUGAAAUGCCACUCAAAGGAUAAGCGGGACCCUGCCUACACAAGCGAACAAUUGGAGGCUGCUCAAACGAAAGACGAUUUAUGGAACGCCAGCCAACGACAGUUAGUCAGAAGGGGUAAAAUCCACGGUUUUCUUCGCAUGUACUGGGCUAAAAAGAUCCUGGAAUGGCACGCAGAAGGCCCCGAGGCCGCGCUACGAUUGGCGUUGUACUUAAACGACCAUUACAGCCUUGAUGGUACUGAUCCAAACGGCGUAGUUGGUAAGGUGUCAUGUGGUCAAUAUGCGGUGUUCAUGACCAAGGCUGGGCGGAAAGACCAAUAUUCGGAAAGAUCCGUUGCAUGACAUACAAAGGAUGUCAAGGGAAAUUCUCCGUUCCGGCGUUUGUAGUCCGUUACCCUUGAGAGCUUUACGCUCGAGAUAAUUCGUUGUACAUUUUACAAACAAUUUCCAGAAGUUUCUAAUUCCCGCAUUUAUGACUUAUUGUCCUCAGGAAUUUUGUACCUUUGAUGUUUCAUAAUACAUUAAAACAAAUUAUUCUCAUUCAAAUCUAUUUAAUCGGUAAAAGUGUGAAUGAGCAGACAGACCAAAUACGAAUCUCGGGUGUGGUCACACUCCCCAGCCAGAGAUAAAUGCAGCAGGAGUUAAAUAAACUCUUGCUUUGAAAGCACAUGGCAGCCACAAACAACGUUGGCGGCAACCAAGUAUGAAUGGCUGUCACGGCGCUAGCGAUGUGAGGGAAAGAUGAAAUCAGGAAGGCAGUCCGUUUCCUGGGAACGGCACGCUGUAAGUCUUACUGUAUUAAUUACAAAAGAGAAACGGGUGGAAAUGUCUGGUCAACAACUGUCGAGUUCAGAUAUGGAAUACAUCUCCGUGGAGAGUGGAUACGAGAUCGAAUUCAACCUACGAACCCCACCAAUCCUUGUCCCUCGAUGGGACGGUUGUGGAAUUGUCGUAGUACAGAUUGUCAUCAGGCUGCAUACCAUAGUCGCGUGACAUACCACCACCGAAGCGAUUGGAUAUUCCGCUGCCGUAUCCGCCGCUGCUACUGCCGCCACGGGUCGCAGGCUGUCGAUAAUCUCUUGCGCCGAAGCCGCCACCCCUGAGAAAUAGAGUAUUCAUUAAAAAGAUAAACUGAAUAGUUGGCUGUUCCUGUGACAAACGUAAAAAGACGUCUUUGAGAAAACUGACGAACACGGUCAAGCCCAUUCAAGGAGACUUGAAGCGACUCAGGCUUACCUUCCCUUAUUACGUGUUCGCGGAAAGCCGCUCUGACGACUAUCUGUAACUAGGGCGCGUAACCAUGAUGGCACUGACUGGUUCACCUCUUCUAGCAACUCCACGAGACCCCGUGCAAGAUUCCGAUUUUUGUCAUUGAAGAACGAGGUGGCGAUACCAAGAUUGCCGACACGACCGGUUCGACCAAUUCGGUGUACAUAUUCCUCUAUGUCAGACGGGAGGUCGUAAUUGAUCACAUGCUGAAAAGGAAACAACAGCUCGGGCAUCACGGUUGAACUCGGCCUUCGCAACGAGCGUCGCUCUCUGCGUUUCAGUCAUAAGAUUGAAUAAAAAAAUGAAGAAACGGAGCUUUCGCUCGAUGACGAGGAAAAUAACUGAAUAGAGGACAUAAUCGUUAACUUUGUAGACCAACGAACGCCAUUCGGUUUCGAUCUUGGUUCGGAACAAUGGUUAAAAUGUUACGGUCUUUAGUUCACCCCAGUUUUAGCAUCGAAGUGCAGUGGUUCCAGAUAGUACAGUUUUGUUCACCGAGGAUAAGGAAAACAAGGGAAUGAGAGCUAUGCGGUGAAGGCGAUUGUCCAAUCAGUUCUUUGAUGUUGAAUGCUUGUUUCAUAUGACGCGGACUGAGUGCCACGCACUAAGGCGGUAGUUUUGAUGCAAAACCGUCAUUGGUUGCGUGUGACAGCCAUAUAUGUCAGGUUAUCCCCCGGGAAGACCGCAGUUACCAGCGCAAUUGAAUUGUCUGUUAAGGGCUUAUAUAAUUCGUU